CCAUUGUUAUCAUCUUUUGCAAUCCUCUCCCGCCCCCUCACCUCCCGUUCAAUUGCACUGUUUCCAAAGUGCGGCCUGCGGAUACGGCGCUUGCUUCACUGGACGGCAGUCGUUUGCUUAGCUGCUGUGACAAAGGGAUGACCGGAUACUGCUAUUCAUGUAACAAGAGAAGGGGAAGCUGCAGUUACUGCUGUCACUGUCCAGCCCGCCACCAGGAAUUUGGGACACAAGUUGAAAUGAGUACCGAGGUGUUUUCUCUCUCCGAGUGUCUGAAUUCUGGCGAACUUGCCGACGUGGAGAUUGUGGUGGACUGCUCCCACUUCCCGGGCACGAAGGCAACCUUCAAGGCCCACAAAAUGAUUCUGGCUGUACAGAACGAAGUGUUCAAGGUCAUGUUUUACGGUGACUUUGCCAAGGAGGACCGCGUAGUCAUCACUGACUUGCAUCCGCAAGGCAUCAGAGGCCUCUUGAGGUACUUCUACACCGGACGCCUAGAAGUGGCUAACGGGCAUCAGGCCGCAUGCACCCGCACCGCGGCAGCCAAGUACCUCGUUCCGAAACUGGAGGAGAAAUGCCUGUCGUACGUGAAAGGCCACAUGAAGCUGGAUGACGUGUGUCCUAUCCUGGACUACGUUCUCAUAAUGGGCGAAGAAAACCUGCUUGACCACGCCAGCGCACUCAUCAGUCGGGACACUCUCGGCGUGAUUGGAUCGUCGGCGUUUCCCCACUCCACAGAGCUCACCGUAAAAUUCGUCCUCCGCCACGCGGCCAAUGCCCCCGAAAUAUCGGUGGUAAAAGCGGUGUACACGUGGGCGUGUAGUACCAGGACUCGCGGUGUACCAGGACUCACGACGAACGAUAAAGAGCUGGACAUUCGCCCGCUUAUGCUGCCGCUGUUUCCCGAGCUGCGAUUCCUGGCGCUGACGUCGACAGAGUUCGUCGAAGGCCCCUUGGCGUGGAAAAUCUUCACCGCGGACGAAGCCUUAGCUAUAUUGAGCAACAUCGUCAAAGCAGGCUCGAUGGUCAUGCCGAAAGGAUUUUGCCAGAUCCGGCAGGCGCGCGCACCCACUCCUAAAACGUCCAUGCGCACGCCCGUACGAGGCCAGGUUUCCGGCUCACGAGGGGCUAGUUCCUUAAAUGUCCACCACGUGCCGCAUGAAGUGCAUGAAGUUGAAUCCUUAAUUCGGCCCGCUCGCUUAUAUGUCCUACGGUGAUGACAUUGGACGUUGCCGACCUGUACUCUUGGGCACUGCGCCGUGCUCCCGACCGGGUUGCAGAACUUAGGUGCCUUUUAUCAUCUCCUAACCACUACCACCACCACCGCCCACCCCUCAUGGUGGGAACCAAAAAAUAGCGCCCCGUGAGCCGGCCGGUGUAGAGUAUGCGAAUAUGUUCCGGACCGGCCAUGAACGGUUUUUCAGACUGAGGACUUCUGUCUUUCUUUGGCUGUUUGUGUAAACAAAAAGUCUACUCGUCAACAAAGGUGGUAGUGUAACGAUCGAUAGAUUCACGGCUCGUCUGUGCUAGAGAAUGGUACUAAUCAAGAUGUACACUCUUGGUAAAAAUGUUCGUGUGAGCGUACUAAGCGUACGACUUGUUAAAUGUUCGUCGCAUGUGUCAAUAAAUGAUUGCCACGUAAGAGUUCCUA